AGUGAAGCAGUCAUAUCAGCUUGAGAGAAAGAGUCUGGUUCCAAGUAGUAAGGUCUCUCAAACCUAAGCCCCCCUCAAGAGGAAGUCAUUCCAUCUAUCGUGUUAUAGAUCUGAAUUUUUUUUUGUAUUUGUUUGUAAAAAUGUAAAAAUAAUUCCGUGCAUGAAUAAUGAACGGAGACCAAUCAUCUGUGUGUCUCAACGCAGGAAAGCGGUUUCCUGACAGCUGACAAGUACAGGUAAGCGCACGUCAUCUCAAACGUCUUUCAGUGUCCAUUUUCCUAUUUCUUCCUUUGAGAGUACAUUUUUGUUCGUAACAUCAGAAUUUUACUUAGCUCUCGCGUCUAUGAGUUAUUUUGAUCACUCUCAAGACUUAAUCUUUACUUUGGUAAUUUGAGGUUCUACAGAACAUUAGCAUUUACUACAUAUGCAAAACAUCCUCGUUCAAUCGUAUAAUACUGUUAUUCUGAUAGGAACACGAAUGACACGCCUGAAUUUAUGAAGAGAUUAGUCAUUAGAGAUAACUUGUAUGAGUAUUAGUACUUAAUCAUAUCGUUUGAUACAAAAAAGAAAAAGACAAACGAAAAAUCUGGUACCACAGAUUAACGUCAGCAUGUGUUAAUUAAUCAGGCGGUUAAUAAUGAUCCACCUCUUACGUUUUUUCUUUCAACCUUCGCAAAUUAUCUACACUCGAUGUAUUAAACUUUGUUUUAUUUCAUCACCCAAAAUAAUACAAUAUUUUGUUUUAUUUAUAGUGAAUUGUAAUUUUUUUUGAAAAGUCGCCAACAAAAAUUCAGACCUUGAAAUUAUUAAGGGCAUUACUGAUUUUGAUGUGAUUAGACUGCCCAUCACUUUAUUGCAGAAAUAUUAAUGAAUUUGUAUUAUACCAUUGGCAUAUGGACAAAAAUAAUUAUCGUGUUUAUUUAAAUUUUAUUCACUUUCUUAUUUCCCAAAAAGCUAUCCUAAUACCAAAUUGACUGAAGUAGUGAUACUAACUAAUUAAUUAUAUUGGCUCUACUGCUUAGUUGACCAAAACAAGGCUACAUUGUUUUAACUUACUGUUGAAGUUAUAUUUAAAACUAGAAAGGUAAAACAAUAUAAAGAUAAAAGAAAGUCUAACAAAGUGUAGUUGAGGACAUAUUUAUUAGAUUACGAUCUCCAAUAUCAAAAUAUAUAUCUUUCAUUUUUAUAAGACAUGAUAGUUUUGACUCAAUACGCAUAUAUUUUUUCUUUUAUCUUUUUUAGAAAAUAUCAUUAAAAUAAAAUAUAAAGUUAAUUUAUGUAAUUAUAAAUAAAAUAGUGAAAUAUAAUUUACUACAUAAUUUUGAUAAAAUUAAACUCUUAUUUAAAUAUAUUAAAACAUGUAUGAAAUAACAACAAAAAUCUUCUAAAACAUCUUUAAAUAUUUGAAAAUAUUGAACAUAAAACCCUUUCUCAAAAGCUAAAUCCAAAUAAAGAGAUAAAAGAGAAAGAUAUAAAGAGAAAGAGAUAACCUCUAGCUCACCAUCUCCACUUGACUCAAUGAACUUUGAAGACAACAGCAACGACGAGGAAGAAGAAGAAAUGAAUCUUCAGGAGGAAGAAGAAGACAACGCCGUUUACGACUCUCCUCCUCUUCCUCCAUCGUCUUGCGUCCUCAAGGCCUCUACUGAAAGUCCUGACACCGCCGGAACAAACUUAACGGGGGGUGGAGGUUUCAUGGUGGUUCACGGCGGUUCUAGGUUCAGGUUCCGAGAGUGUCUCAAGAAUCAAGCGGUGAACAUAGGAGGACACGCGGUGGAUGGUUGUCGUGAGUUUAUGCCAGCUGGAACCGAAGGUACCAUCGACGCCCUAAAAUGCGCCGCUUGUGGCUGUCACCGUAACUUCCACCGGAAGGAAUUACCUUACUUCCACCACCUCGCGCCGCCGCCGCCGCCGCGGGGAUCCUACCGUGUUCCAGCUCCGGUGAGUUACAGACCAUCACCGCCACAAGCUUCUCCUGUCCAGCUGGCUCUUCCUCCACCAGCAGAAGAUCGAAUGGAGACUUCUUCUGCGGAGGCAGGAGGGAUCAGGAAGAGGUUUAGGACAAAGUUCACGGCGGAGCAGAAGGAGAGGAUGUUAGGUUUAGCUGAGAGGAUUGGUUGGAGAAUUCAGAGACAAGAUGAUGAAGUGAUUCAGAGGUUUUGCCAAGAGACUGGAGUUCCGAGACAAGUUCUUAAGGUUUGGUUACAUAACAACAAACACACUCGUGGUAUGUCGUCUUCAUCACCACUUGAUCAGCAUCAGAAUCACACUCUUCCUCCUCCAUCGUGAAGAAGAGCAACCAUGCAUGAUUCUUGAAUUUCUUGAUCACUACUAUUGUUUAGUUUGUACCCAUUUUCGUUUGAUAACGAUGUUGUUGAUUAUCUUUCUGGUUAAUUAAUUGCGUUUUUCGUUAUUAACAGCCAUAGUCUCUUCUUAGCAAAUCCUUGAGUUGUCUAAGCUAGUGAGGUCUUUAGUAACAUCACAUGUGUCAGUGUUUAAACUUUAACUUUAGCAUGUUUGUCUAUGAAUUUAUAUACAUAUAAACUCGUUUAUUUA